AUGUCAACCGCAGAGAAGGAGGAGGCGGCGAAAAGCCAACAACUAUAUGCUUGGAAAGCCCCGCUCACAAUGUGCCUCAGUAUGCUGGGCGGGGUCGGCUUUGCAGUCGGUCAUCACUGCUUCUACGGGAGCCUUGCUGGAACGCCGCCAUCAUCAGAGACCUACUACGACUUGGGCGGUGCUACCAGUCAGCAGCUCAAUAUUGCCCUUGGGACGCUGUUGGCUUCAAUGUCCAAGAUUCUCCUUAGCAUAGCCAUAUCCACGGCGCAAGAGCAACACGCGUGGAGUGUCCUCAAGGCCCGCCCUUCAAAGCUCCGAUCGAUUGACGAUGCUAGGCUCUGGAUGCUCUACCCAUUAUCCAUGUUCUUGUCGCUUCUCUUCUGGCUUCUACCGUUCGCUACUCUUCUCACUCCGGCGACACUAACUGUCAAGGCAGCUGUAGCAAGGGGCAUAAUAGUUGGACCGAUUUCCAGCAUCAGUUUCACCAGUGAGGCUUUUGCACGGCUCACAGAUGGUACACGUACCACAACCUACUCAGGGCCAAGUGAUGGAGUUAGAAGAGCAGCGAUCAGCUCACUUAUAUCAGGCACGAUCAUCCCGAUGGCCUCUAUCUACGGCAACGCCAGUUGGAAUCUGGAUUUCGAGGGCCCAGCCCUCCAAUGCUCUGCUCUGGAUGCAGAUGACGAGCUGCGUAUCAAUGUCACCAAAUCAGCAACUGAACGCUGUUCCGAUGGUUAUUGUUAUCGGUACAUAUCCUGGAUGCCGGAAUCAACUACAGACCUUUCACCAUUUUGGCCGGAGAAAAAGGAUUCCACCAGGGACACGGUUUCUGGGCCCCGAGAUGCCCCAAUAACCUUAUACGUUGUCGAAAACAACGACGAUGGGUUGUCUGACUCCAACAUGUUGGUUCUUGAUUCGUUCACGAAAUGUACCCUGUAUAGUGCUUCAUACCAGACAGAGUUCUCAUAUCGAUCCGGAGUUCAGGAGAUUAGCACCAUACCGAUAGCAAAUGAGCCCAGUGAACCUUGGCUUCAGAGUGUUGGUACCAUGUCGACCAAAACGUUCAACGAAGGCGUCGGAGUUCCCUUCCAAGCGGUAAUGGAUGCAUUUUCGUCUAUGCUAAUUGGAAGUGCCCUUAUCAAUCGCAAUAUUCAAGGUGCUCCGCGGAUAAUUCAGACGCAGGUGGGCAUAACAAAUCUGGCAAAAGACUUGAUGUUCUUCGGGAAACAGUUUAGCAAUCAACCAGGGGCCGGCCACGAAAUUCCGAGGUUGCUGGAAAAUAUGUUCCUCAACACCACCUUGAGUCUUAUGUCGCAAGCUGAAUUGAAUCCUACCGAGCCAAUCCAAGCCAAAAUAGAGACGGAAGUGUACCAGAACAUCUACACUUACUCAGUCGCCCCCUUAUGGAUAGCCUAUGGGGUUGCUGUGGGAAUCACUAUCUUGUCUGUCACCAUCGGUACUUGGGCUGUAGUGGUCACAGGCUCUUCAUACAGCAGCAAGUUCUCGACGAUUCUGCGCCUCGCCUUCAACAUUCGCCUGUCCGAGUACGUCGAGCUUCAGGACACUGGCGGCGAAGACCCGCUACCUGAUCGGCUGGAGAACACGAUUGUUGCAUUCCCCUCACGAAGUGCGAAAGGCGCGGAAGUUAGUGGCUCACUGUUGGACAAUAGUGAGGAGAGGUCAUCAGGGCCUUGA